UUCUUAUAUAUUAAAUAUAACUUCUUCCGUAUUUGAUUCUCUUUCUUCAAGAUAUCAAGAAUUCAAGAUCAAGAGUGAGAGAGAGAGAGAGUUAUGCCGUCGUCUGCGGUGGAGUCUGUGGCUGAGCAGCGGAUACCCAGCAGCGAUGGUAACGGCGCCGGAGAGACAGUAGAGAACGGCGAGCUUCAUCACUUGCUUUCCGAACCGUCGGCUCCGACGAUUUCUCUCCCUACGGAAUCUUUCCUCAGAGCAGCGACGUUACUCAAGAACCAGGUUGUGGAGGCCACGUGGAAAGGCGUUGUCGACGUUCUUGCCCCUGGUUCGAGUCCGGUGCUGGAUCCGACUGUGUACACAGGACUACUCGGCACAGCGUUCACCUGCUUGAAGUCGUACGAGGUCACGAGGAACCAUCAAGAUCUGCUAACUUGCGCUGAGAUAAUCGACACGUGUGCCAACGUUGCGCGUGCCACAACCAGGCACGUGACGUUUUUAUGUGGAAGAGGAGGAGUUUAUACGCUUGGUGCAAUCGUAGCCAAUUACAGAGGGGACCAAUCAAAGCGUGACUUCUUCCUCGGUCUUUUUCUUGAGCUUGCAGAAGAGAGAGAGUUACCAGCUGGACCAGAGGAAGGAGGAUUUGGGAUGUCAUAUGACCUUCUCUAUGGAAGAGCGGGUUUCCUUUGGGCUGCUUUGUUCCUGAACCGAUAUCUCGGCCAAGGCACAGUUCCUGACCAUCUCCUAUCACCCAUUGUUGCAGCCAUCUUAGCUGGUGGAAGAGUUGGAGCUGCAGAUCAUGAAGCUUGUCCUCUGUUAUACAGGUUUCACGGAACGCGAUUUUGGGGUGCGGCUAAUGGAUUAGCUGGAAUCUUGUAUGUAUUGCUGCAUUUUCCACUAUCGGAAGAGGAUGUGAAGGAUGUUCAAGGGACAUUGAGGUACAUGAUGAGUAAUAGGUUUCCGAACAGCGGAAACUACCCGUGCAGCGAAGGGAAUCCGAGAGAUAAGCUGGUCCAAUGGGCUCAUGGAGCAACCGGCAUGGCCAUUACUUUGGCUAAAGCAUCUCAGGUGUUUCCCAAGGAAAGGGAUUUCCGCGAAGCAGCCGUUGAAGCAGGAGAAGUAGUGUGGAAGAGUGGCUUGGUGAAGAAGGUAGGUUUAGCUGAUGGAGUUGCUGGUAACGCCUAUGCUUUCUUAUCGCUUUAUCGGUUAACCAGAGAUGUUGUAUAUGGAGAGAGAGCAAAAGCGUUUGCAAGUUACUUGUGCCAUGAUGCAAGAGAUCUCGUGAAUAUGACAAGGCAAGAAACAGAACAUGAUUAUUCGCUUUUCCGGGGGCUAGCUGGACCAGUAUGUCUCUGGUUCGAUCUUGUGUCGCCGGUAGAUUCUAAGUUUCCUGGUUAUGAGAUAUAAUUUAAUACCAGGUAAUUUAGAUAAACAGUUGCUUCGAUU